GCCGGCGGGCGCGGCGCGGGCGGAGGCGGUCCCCAGGGACCCUGGAGCGCGCUGUACCCAGCCUAGCCCUCCGGGGAGGGAGCGGCGCUGUCACCGCGCCGGGGGAUGUCGCAUCGCGCGUCUGGCCUUCGCUGACCAUGAGGAGCCGAGGCCCUGAGAGGGGACUGACCUGCCUGAAGUUGCUCAGUGGGUCAGGAGCAUCGCCGGGGCGGGAGCCCAAGGGGCCCGCCUCCCGGUGCAGGGCUCCGAUACCCACCAGCCUUUGGCCACAGCGACGAUGAGGUUUCCGGAGCCACGGUUGGGGAGAUGGUUGAGUUUUGGCAACAGAAAUAGACCAAGGCAUUGAGAGCAAUGGGUCUGCAGCCCAAAGUGUUAGCUGGGUUCAAGUAUCUGUGGUGCUUGUUUAAAACCGUCUUGUCUGAUUCAUGGUCAAGGUUGCUUCCGCAGUUGCCGAAGAAAGACCUCAUUGCACAUUUUAAAACUUAUACUUCCCCUGGUCUGAUGUGGUUUUCAGUUGAGAGGUUUGAGGAACUUGUAUUGUGUGUGUGAUUCCUAUGUUGAUAUGUUGGCUGACUUCAGUCGGGGUUGGCAGGUGAACCGAGGCCGUGAGCUAGCAGCAAGAGCCAGCUCCCAGGGGGAGUUAGGAGACCUGGUUUCUUGUCUUGCCGGAGUCGGUGGCCACCUGUUAUUGUUAAUUGUCUUCGGCGCGGUGACCCCAUGCACAACUGAACUGAAACGCUGCUUGGCCCUCACGGUCCCAACAGUCUUGGCUAUGCUUGAGUCCAUUGUUGGGGCCACUGUGUAGUGCAGUGCCUUCCUGCCUGGGGGUUCAUCUUCCAGCCCUGUAUUGGACACUAUUCUCUUGUAAUCCGUAGGGUUUUCAUUGACUGAUUUUCGGAAGUAGAUCGCUAGGCUUUCUUUCUAGUCUGUCUGAGUCUAGAGACCCUGCUGAAACCUGUCCAUCGUGGGUGACUCUGCUGGUAUUUAAAAUACUGAUGGCACACCUUCCAGCAUCACAGCGAUGCACAAGUCACCACAGUACAACAGACUGACAGAGGAGUGCUGGAGUGGCCACUUCUCCCGCCCCCUUGCCGUCUAGUUGAUUCCGACUCAUGACUCAUAGUUACCCUGCAGGACAGAGUAGAACUGCCCUGUAGGGUUUCCAAGGCUAUAAUCUUUAUGGAAGCAGACUGUCACAUCUCUCUCCCCUGGAGCAGCUGGUGGGAUUGAACUGCCAACCUUUUGGUUAGCAGCCGCGUGCUUAACCACCGCACCACCAGGUAUUGUUAGUGGCUGCUUUGUGGCAAAAGCAAAUGCUUUCACCUCUCCUGGAUCUGUAGACUAGAGCGGUUGGAUUGGUAUUCAAAACCUUUGCAGACUGCGCACUCUGGUGUUACUUCUUCGUUGCCUGACGCUUUGGUGACUUGAAGGAAUCAGUGCACCUCAUGGUGGACAAGAUUGUGGAGCAGCUCCAGCAGCUAAUGCAGGUGUAUGACCUGGCUGCCCUUCGGGAUUACUGGAGCUACCUGGAGCGCCGGCUGUUUAGCCGCUUGGAGGAUAUAUACAGACCCACCAUCAACAAGCUGAAAACCAGCCUGUUCCGCUUUUAUCUUGUCUACACAAUCCAGACCAACAGGAGUGACAAGGCCCAGGAGUUCUUUGCCAAGCAGGCUGCGGAGCUCCAGAACCAGGCCGAGUGGAAGGAUUGGUUUGCCCUGCCCUUCCUGCCAUCCCCAGACACCAACCCCACCUUCGCCACCUACUUCUCGCGGCAGUGGGCUGACACCUUCAUUGUGUCCCUGCACAACUUCCUGAGCGUCCUGCUGCAGUGCAUGCCGGUUCCUGUGAUCCUGAGCUUCGAUGCGGAGUGCCAGAGGACCAACCAGGUCCAAGAAGAGAACGAAGUUCUGCGUCAGAAGCUUUUUGCAUUGCAAGCAGAAAUCCACCGACUGAAAAAAGAGGAGCAGCAGGCAGAAGAGGACGAGGCCUUGGUCCAACACAAAUUACCUUCUUAUGUCUCCAGCAUGGACCGCCUGGGAGACUCGGAACUAGCCAUGGUGUGCAGCCAGAGGAGUGCCGCUCUCUCGCAGUCACCGCGUGUGGGCUUCCUGUCCUCCCUGCUGCCUCAGAGCAAGAAGAGCCCCUCGAGGCUGUCGGCGGCCCAGGCGCCCCCCCAGGCCCAGAGCACCGCCAAGAGAGAGGCCACCGUCAGCCAGGCUGCCAAGGGCAAGGAUCCGGCAUCUGGGGCCAAGGACGGGAAGGGCCUCUUCAGUGGGCUGGCGGCCGGGGAGUCCAGCUGGCCGCAGUACCGGCAGCGGCGCCUGCAGGACCAUGGCAAGGAGCGCAAGGAGCUGUUAUCAACCACCACAUCCCAGGCUGCGUGGCAGAGCGCAGAGAAGAAGCCAGAGAUGGGCGGCACGGAGACUGAGCCGGGCCCGGAGCCAGUGGAGGUGCCCAUGCGGGGCCCUGAGGGCAGCCGCCCCGAACAGCCCUUCAUCGUCCUGGGCCAGGAGGAGUACGGGGAGCACCACUCGUCCAUCAUGCACUGCAGAGUGGACUGCUCGGGGAGGAGGGUGGCCAGCUUAGAUGUGGAUGGGGUCAUCAAGGUAUGGUCCUUCAACCCCAUCAUGCAGACCAAAGCAUCCUCCAUCUCCAAGUCUCCGCUGCUGUCUUUGGAAUGGGCCACCAAGCGAGACAGACUGCUUCUACUGGGCAGUGGUGUGGGUACGGUGCGCCUUUACGACACAGAAGCCAAGAAGAAUCUCUGUGAGAUCAACAUCAACGACGACAUGCCCAGAAUCCUGUCUCUCGCCUGCAGCCCCAAUGGGGCCUCUUUCGUCUGCUCGGCUGCGGCCCCGAGUCUCACCUCCCAGGUGGACAUGUCGGCUCCAGACAUAGGCAGCAGGGGUGUGAACCAGGUCCCCGGCAAGCUGCUGCUGUGGGACACGAAGACCAUGAAGCAGCAGCUUCAGUUCUCCCUGGAUCCGGAGCCCAUUGCCAUCAACUGCACAGCCUUCAAUCACAACGGGAAUCUGCUGGUCACUGGUGCAGCCGACGGUGUCAUCCGGCUGUUUGACAUGCAGCAGCAUGAGUGCGCCAUGAGCUGGAGGGCCCACUGUGGGGAGGUCUGCUCCGUGGAGUUCAGCUACGAUGAGAACACCGUGUACAGCAUUGGCGAGGACGGCAAGUUCAUCCAGUGGGACAUCCACAAGAGCGGCCUGAAGGUGUCUGAGUCCAGCCUCCCCGCUGAUGCCACGGGCCCCUUCGUGCUAUCCGGGUACAGCGGCUACAAGCAGGUGCAAGCCCCCAGGGGCCGGCUCUUCGCUUUCGACUCUGAGGGCCGUUACAUGCUGACGUGCUCUGCCACUGGGGGCGUCAUCUACAAGCUGGGCGGGGAGGAGAAGGUUCUGGAGAGCUGCCUGAGCCUGGGUGGCCACCGAGCCCCUGUGGUCACUGUGGACUGGAGCACGGCCAUGGACUGUGGGACCUGCCUCACGGCCUCCAUGGAUGGCAAGAUCAAGCUGACCACCUUAUUGGCCCAUAAACUCUGACGGGGCUGCCUGUGGGCACCCGUGGAAGCAGUGUUACCUGGGCCGGGGCACCCAUGGAAGCAGUGUUACCUGGGCCGGAAUACCCGUGGAAGCAGUGUUACCUGGGCUGGGGCACCCGUGGAAGCAGUGUUACCUGGGCCGGGGCACCUGUGGAAGCAAUGUUACCUGGGCCGGGGAGAGACAAGACAGGGAGAGGUAGACCACUCCACUCGAGGUUCCUGGCUCUGUGGGGCCUCUGCAGGGACAGGCUGCCCAGUGAGGGGCAGAAACGGGCAGCCUCAAGGAGCAGGUGGCCAGGGGCACGUGCUCCCCAGAGAGCGACUUCCUGGCUCUGCCAGAGGCGUGCUCCGACGGGGGGAUGCUUUCCUGUGAAAGCUCAGGAAGAUGGAAGAAACACGGCCACAUCUGCCCCAGGGGCCCAGGAGAGAUGACAGUAUUUUGUAUAUAUUUGCUCAUUUUUCUUCUUUUUUUAAAAAAAGAUGAUGCCCUCGUGGUGACCCAGUGUCUCUCUCUAGGAAGUGU